ACCCCUCCGCAGACCACCUGCUCAGGUGGGAGGCAUAACAGAGCAGGGCAGGGGCCUUCCAGGACCCGCAUCCUUUACGGCUUUGGCCGGAAAAAGAGUUCGUGGAGCUCAGCGUGGAAGGGGCAGGGUAAGGAGUGACUAGCAGGGGCGGGCGGCAUAGCCACACUUCGCGGGGAGGAGGUCAGGACCCGCAUCCGCACGCCACUAGCCCGCCGCCAGCCCGAGGCACCCUCGCAGGCGCGCACUCGCUCGCCUCUACCAGGAGGCAAGUUUCUUCUCCGCCAGCCCGAGCCACCUGUGCGCCGCGCUCCCGCGGGAAAGGCGGCGUGGGAGCAGCGCGGGCGCAGUGUCGCCGCCGCGCGCCCGCCUAGCUCCGUGGGUGAGGCUGGCGGUCAGCGCGCCUCCGGGUCUCGGAGCCUUCGGCCGCCACCGCGCGCGCUGCCCUGCGAAGCCUUCGCCACGCUCCCAGCCCGACAUCCGCGAGCCUGGUAUGCUCUGCAGCCGGCUGCCGCCUCCUUGCUCCGCCCGGGGUCCUCCCUGGCCUCGCCCUCCCACCUCCCCACCCCCAAAGUAGUGCCCCCGCCUUGCUCCGCCCGCACACCCCGGAGCGCGCCCCACAGGUUUUCCUGGCCGUCCGCUCCCUCCCACACCGCGGGUUUCCUGGGGCGUCCGGCGCCAGCGACCCGCAGACCAGCCGCUGCCUCGGAGCUCCCGACUUAGGUCUCCGCCUCCCGCAACCCGCGCUGCGCCGCGGCUGGCGCCCACCGCGUUCCGGGUUUCCUGCCGAGUUGGACCUGCUGCCUGGCUCAUCCCCGCACUCAGCCUCUUCCCGGAGCGCGGAGAAGUGGAAUCUGCACACUGAAACUCUCGGUGGCUGGAGCCGGCGGACUGGGCAUGCUCAGAAGCCAGGGCUGGCUUUGGUCUCAAGUAGGAAGCUUUUGCACUCGCGAGGCAGCGGCGACUUUGGGGAAAGUUGAUCCGAGAGGGGAAGCGGCCCCGAGACGCGAAGCAGCAGCAGGAAGGAGCCCGCGGCAGCCCGGAGGAGCAUGGGCACCCUGCGCGACCUGCAGUACGCGCUCCAGGAGAAGAUCGAGGAGCUGAGGCAGCGGGAUGCCCUCAUCGACGAGCUGGAGCUGGAGUUGGACCAGAAAGACGAACUGAUCCAGAAGCUGCAGAACGAGCUGGACAAGUACCGCUCGGUGAUCCGGCCGGCCACCCAGCAGGCGCAGAAGCAGAGCGCGAGCACCGUGCAGGGCGAGCCGCGCACCAAGCGCCAGGCGAUCUCCGCCGAGCCCACCGCCUUCGACAUCCAGGAUCUCAGCCAUGUGACCCUGCCCUUCUACCCCAAGAGCCCACAGUCCAAGGAUCUUAUAAAGGAAGCUAUCCUUGACAAUGACUUUAUGAAAAACUUGGAGCUGUCACAGAUCCAGGAGAUUGUGGAUUGUAUGUACCCGGUGGAGUAUGGCAAGGACAGCUGCAUCAUCAAAGAAGGAGACGUGGGGUCACUGGUGUAUGUCAUGGAAGAUGGGAAAGUUGAAGUUACAAAAGAAGGGGUGAAGCUGUGCACCAUGGGUCCAGGAAAAGUGUUUGGGGAGUUGGCCAUUCUCUAUAACUGCACCCGGACAGCAACCGUCAAGACUCUUGUAAACGUGAAACUGUGGGCCAUUGAUCGACAAUGUUUCCAGACGAUAAUGAUGCGGACGGGACUCAUCAAGCAUACCGAGUAUAUGGAAUUUUUAAAAAGCGUUCCCACCUUCCAGAGCCUUCCUGAAGAGAUCCUCAGUAAGCUUGCUGACGUCCUUGAAGAGACCCACUAUGAAAAUGGGGAAUAUAUUAUCAGACAAGGUGCAAGAGGAGACACCUUCUUUAUCAUCAGCAAAGGAAAGGUAAAUGUCACUCGCGAAGACUCACCAAGUGAAGACCCUAUCUUUCUCAGAACUUUAGGAAAAGGAGACUGGUUUGGAGAGAAAGCCUUGCAGGGGGAAGAUGUGAGAACAGCGAAUGUAAUUGCUGCAGAAGCCGUAACCUGCCUUGUGAUUGACAGAGACUCUUUCAAGCAUCUGAUUGGAGGGCUGGAUGACGUUUCUAACAAAGCCUAUGAGGAUGCAGAAGCUAAAGCAAAAUAUGAAGCCGAAGCUGCCUUCUUCGCCAACCUGAAGCUGUCUGAUUUCAACAUCAUCGACACCCUUGGAGUUGGAGGUUUCGGGCGAGUGGAGCUGGUCCAGUUGAAGAGUGAAGAAUCCAAAACAUUUGCAAUGAAGAUUCUCAAGAAGCGCCACAUAGUGGACACGAGACAGCAGGAACACAUUCGCUCGGAGAAGCAAAUCAUGCAGGGCGCGCAUUCCGACUUCAUCGUGAGACUCUACAGAACAUUUAAGGACAGCAAAUAUUUGUAUAUGUUGAUGGAAGCUUGCCUAGGAGGAGAGCUCUGGACCAUUCUCAGGGAUAGAGGUUCAUUUGAAGAUUCUACAACCAGAUUUUACACAGCAUGUGUGGUAGAAGCUUUUGCCUAUCUGCAUUCCAAAGGAAUCAUUUAUCGGGACCUCAAGCCAGAAAAUCUCAUCCUAGAUCACCGAGGUUAUGCUAAAUUGGUUGAUUUUGGCUUUGCAAAGAAAAUAGGAUUUGGAAAGAAAACAUGGACUUUCUGUGGGACUCCAGAGUAUGUGGCUCCAGAGAUCAUCCUGAAUAAAGGCCAUGACAUUUCAGCCGACUACUGGUCACUGGGAAUCCUGAUGUAUGAACUUCUGACUGGCAGCCCACCUUUCUCAGGCCCAGAUCCUAUGAAAACCUAUAACAUCAUAUUGAGAGGCAUCGACAUGAUAGAAUUUCCAAAGAAGAUUGCCAAAAAUGCUGCUAAUUUAAUUAAAAAACUAUGCAGGGACAACCCUUCAGAAAGACUAGGAAAUUUGAAAAACGGAGUAAAAGACAUUCAAAAGCACAAAUGGUUUGAAGGCUUUAACUGGGAAGGUUUAAGAAAAGGCACCUUGACACCUCCUAUAAUACCAAGUGUUGCAUCACCCACAGACACUAGCAACUUUGACAGCUUCCCUGAGGACAAUGAUGAACCACCACCUGACGACAACUCAGGCUGGGACAUAGACUUCUAAUGCGUUUCUCUUACCUGCUUCUGCCUUGCUGAAGACAGCUUUUGCUGAGACACAGCUGCCAGCAAACCUGAGGGACAGAGAGAAGAUUUGUGCUCGGGGUCACCAUGAUGCCUUUGAUCGAUGCUGCUCCAGUAACUCCAGUGGCAUUAGGACUUCUUGCUUAGAUGACAGUAGUGCCCUUUACAUGUUUUCUGUUUGAAUCUAAAAUAGCAGUUGACAUGGUGGUCCUGAAGCAAAGCCUUUCACCAGGAAAGAGAGAUUUUCUAUUGUUGCAAUGAUCUUGCUUUGCUCUGAUUAUAUUCUGAAAGACUGUAGGAAACACUUCAAUCUAGUCAGAGGCUGUACCUUGCUAGAACUGUCAAGAGGAGGAAGAGUAAUAGAUUGGGUACGACAGAUUCCCAUGGUACAGAAACGGGGAUCUUCUCCUCCUUCAACUGAUGGUUGUGGGGUCUGUUCCUGCAAGCUGGUGUAUAUACCGUACCAGAGAGGACCACACAUCUGUUGGUCGCAGAGUUCAUGUCAAACCAGUGCUAGAAGUUUCAUGAUUUUAUUUCCCAGCAGUGCUGAUGACAAGACUGAAUGUUACCUUUUCUUUCUGACAGAGUUAAAAAAUUGAUGAAAAAAAGCACAACUGCUAUGGGUUACGCUGAGACCUCUCAUAGCGGGUAUAUAUGCGUUUUUACAGAGGAUGGAAAAAGAUGCAUGAUAUUUGUUUCUUUUUAAUAAAUUGGCAUGACAGAGUGGUUAAAAAAAGCAAUUCAUGAAACCAUUUCAUAUUUUUUAAAGUACCAUGCUUAAAGAGGGUCCUGGAAAUAAAUGACUAGCAGCCAAUUGGUUUUAUUUAUUACCUAACAAACCCUCAAACUGAGGCUUAAAAUAUUCCCUUUUAUAAAAAUAUACCCGUGGGAUGGGGAUAGGGUAGGGUGGGGAGGGAUUAAGACCCAUCCAAAAAAAUAAAAAAAAAAACGAUAUAGGUGCUAUGUAUAUCUUUCAUCUGUAAUGUCAGUGUCUACACAGACAACACAAAUUCUAAUCAUUACAUGCGUAGCCAGAGACUCAAGAACUUUCACUAAAUUUGUUAAACCAACUUCUGUCAGAUUUCACGUAUACAACGUAUCUAGGGUUGAGACAGAGAGAUAGGUGAUUACAAAACUGAACUAGCUUCUUGUCUUAGGCCUGAACCAAAAAAUAAAAAUAAAAUAGAAAGCACAAAGUCAGAGUUAUUAAGAUGUACCAGACCAGGGUUCUUAUUUAUUAAGGUCACGGUACAAGACAAGAACCUGGCUGAGCUCAUGCACCUGUCACAGUAGGAUGGGAAUAGAAAAUUUGUCAAAAAUAAGUUUUAGCUGAAGUGAACAGAAAUAUUACAAUUCUGAAAUCUCAUACUCACUAGACAAGACUAGAUUUGAAAUUAGCAAACUUCCUUGCUGUUUUCAUCUGGCAUAGCGUCUGCAAGUAAAGCUCAGUUCUCUGUCAGGAGCCCAGUUGACCACUGGCAGCUUUCAUUAGCGGCUGAGCCACUUGGAAGCUUUUCCUGGACAAAUAGCAUUAGAUGUAUGCAGACAAACGUAUAGCCUUCCAAGCUGUCAUCCUGGUUUGAAAUUGCCUGUGAAUUUGGUAUAUUAAAUAGAGAUUUAAAAAAAUCCAAUUACAUCAUUAUUUUCUAGCCAAAUAAAGCAUAUAUUAAUUUUGGUUGAGCUUUUCAUACAAAACACUAUGUUAGAAGAUCUUACUAAAAUAUACUACUAUAAAAAACAGUUGAAAACCACCAAGGGUAUAUUAAAUAUAAUCAGAGUAGAGUUCAAUGAAAACUCUGAUCCUCAGAUGUUACUGCUACUCUUAUAUUAUUGUUUUCCCUCCCUUACAAAUCCUCAACAACAACUUAUUGCCCAAGAUAGUCACUUUCUCCUGCAGAUUUUAGAAUAUAAAGUUGAGCAUAUCAACCGAACAUCUAGCUCUGAAUGCUGUUUUAAAGGUUCUACCCCUUUUACUAGGCCUCUUAAUUCUAACUUUAUAGUUAAUGUUCAGCAAUUUUUAAGAAUAUGGUUUUGAUAUGCCAAAAGUUUGCUAGAAUAUUAAAAAAUCUUUAACUCUUCAAAUACCCCCCAAAGCCCCACGAUUAGAACUUCUUGUUGACUGCGGCACUAUGGUUCAAGUCUAAGACAACCCAUGUGUAUAAAUCCUAUGGAGAAGGAACAAGUAGCAUUCAGCACAAUGUAAUUGUAGGUUUUUUCCCCGUUCAUUACUGCAUCUUCAUUCAUGUCACCUGUGGCAUUGCAUUAACCUGUCUGUAGCCAUCACCCAAAAGAUAAAGGUGAACCGCCUCUUCCAAGAGUUGUAACAGAAACCAAUCAUCUAAUUUUCAACAUUACAAUUUUAAGGAUUUAACCUUGUCUUAAUGAAGACACUAGGGCUAAAAUUCAUGAUCUGCUUCAUAAAGUACAUCUCACUUUAAUUCUGAAUUUUUCCUGUCCCCUCUAUUUUCUUACAUGAAAGAACAUCUGGAUAGGUUAGAAUAGUGCCAACUUGUUAGGGUUGUUAACUGACUUUCUUAUUACCACUUUGCAGUAUGAGAAAUAAGGGCUUUCUGUGUGUCCUGACUCACAGGAAAACUGAAGACUGCCAAGGAAAGGAGCAUCGUAAUAUUUGAGGUAGACUGAAUACAUUAGAGAACAUGAUUUCUGGAAAAUUGCUAUAAAUGAUUGUUAUGUUUGUUACCUUGUUUUGAAGAUAUAAACCAGAUCAUUCUAGCAUUUAAAACAAAUUUAUUUUGAUUAUAUUCUUUAGAAGUAAUAACUUUACUUAAAAUUAUGGAAUAUGCAUGUGAACUACACAUGCAAAAUAAUAUAUAAACUCAAUUAUUGAAUUUGUUUCACUUCUAAAUAACUAAACUGAUGGUGAACGUAAAGAAGUCAGCUACCAUAUAGAAAACAAGGAUAUUAGAACUGAUUUCAUAAAAUAGAGGUGAUCUGUGCAUUAUCCAUAACAAUGUUUUCUUUCAUAAUAGGACCACAGACAAAUAUUUAUGUAAAUAGAUAUUUUUGUGUGAUAUUUUGUGGUACAUAUAACUUUUUUUAGUGUUUCACAGCAUUAUUAUUUCAUUUUAUUUGUAUUGAAUACUGUUUUUAGGUCCAAGUAGACUUGAAUUAAUGUCAUUGUCAGUAUUAUUGAAAAUUAUGUCAACUGUACUGUUAUCCAUCUGUCCCAUAGUUUAGAACAUGACCUGGCUAUCUGGCAUUGUUGCAAGUGCCUUAAAUUCAUGGCAUCUUAUUAAAAAAAACAAAAAUUUGGUGUUAUGCUGCAUGACAAAGACAAACACACCUCAAAAUGUUGUCCUUUCUUAGCUUGCUGCGUUUUACAGUUCUUUCUGCUAACAAUUUAUAAGCCUUUAUUAUAUAAUAUUGAUGAAUUACAGAAAUGAUGAAGUUGUUCUCUUAUUUCUGUUAAAUGUACCAGAGCUGUGUAUCUGUUAAUGAGAUACAGCGUCAUUUCUGUGAAAUGUAUAAAUGUAUGUGCAGGUCAAAUUAAUAUAUGACAUACUAUCAGUCUGUAUACAGGUAUUCCUGUUUUGCUAAGCUGUGCAGAAUCAGUUAAAAAAAUUAGUGCAGUCAAGUUCUAACAUCUCAUUUUAUAGAUUCCAUUACCAAUGGUCCAACUCAAAAGAAAAAUUGGAAAAUGACUGCUAACCACACCUCGUUACAAAACCAAUGAUGAAAAAGUACCUUGGUGCACCACUCACCAAAACAGGAUGCUUUCUCUGAGUUCUUGUAUAUGCAAACCACUUAUGAGGCAAGUUUUCAACAGACCUAGAAAAUCUAAACACUGCAAGUAUAUUGUAGCCCUCCUCUUUAUCGGCCCUUGCAUCAACAGACAGAGGUCUGGGACCUUGACAAUGACUCAGAGGUUUGAGCUUUCUGAGUAAAAGGACAUUUCUUUAAGCAUCAUCUAUCAAAUUUAUUUCAUUGUAUGAUGUUUUUACAACUGGUCAGUUUUUUUGUAUCCUACAGCUAUGGUUAUUUGUCCUCUUACAAUUUGUUCUACAUGAAAGAGUCCUUUGUUAGUCAGAAUGCAACAAACUGUCAUCAAAUGGUCAUUGACCACUUGCACUCUUUUGAUGUAGAUUAAAAACUUUUUCAUAAACUUAACCUGCUUUGAUUUGCUCUGUAUUUUUCCUGCAGCUGUUAAUUGCCGAGUGCCUGUUGUAUACUUUAUAGAGUUGAAAUAAAAAAAAAUUACUUUUGAA